AUGGUACUUAGUACCUUGGAGGUCCUUUUCGGGAGUAAAAUUGUUGAUUAUCUUAUCGUUGUUUUCACCGGCGGGGAUGAAUUAACAGAGGAUGAGGAAACCAUUGAUAACUAUUUGGAUGGUUGCCCUGAAUUCCUAAUGAAACUUCUUGUUGCGUGCGACAAAAGGCAGGUCGUGUUCGAUAACAAAACCAAGGAUGAUGCGACCAAGAAGAAGCAAAACCAAGAGCUUCUCAAACUUGUCGAAAUGGUCAGAAAGCAUACCAAUAACAUUCCGUAUACCGAGGCCAUGUACCUAAAGAUUAAGAUGGAGAAAAAUAUUAGGAUUUUUACGGACGCUCAGGAGAAGAUCUUUGCGCAAAGAGAUUUAGCAGAGGAGAAGCUGCAUGAAGCGGACGAGAGAAGACAUAGAGCGGAAAUGAAUGAUGUGUUAGCUCAGUUGGAUAACCAGCACCGUGCAGAAAUGGAAGCGCAAAUGGCGAAAGGUCAUGGGUGCAACAUUCUCUGA